AAGGUUGAUCAGAUUAUUUAUUUAUGAUCUGUGUGAGUACAAGAUAAAAACAGGUUGCUCUUGGGCAGAAACUUCCAAACACAGCUCAGCAGCUGGAUGUACAGCUGGAGAUGGUGUAGAAAUCCAGGAUGGCAGGAAAUAUUACGGUGCAACAAAGCGAAGUGUCACACACCGGGAGUGCUGCUCUGCGAAAGGACGAGCAUUGCCGUAUCACCUUAACAUCUUUUGAAAAAAAACUGGUCUAGAUGAAGAAAAUGAUCACCACAUAAACAUCUUAGACUUCCAAAUAAGUGUCCUCUUCAAGAGCAGCGGGAUGUCCCAGGCAGACAGUAAGACGCUGGUGCUCGGCGUGUUGGCAGGCGCGGCAGGGAUGAGCCUGGCCAUGGUCUGGUACAGGACCAGGAAGGCCCAGGGAGGCGCGAGCUUCCCCCCCUUCUGCCUGAGCAGUAGCAACGGGCGGCACGCGCGGAUAAGCCUGGAGGACGGGAGCGGCGGGGCUGUGCGCGCCUUGCAGGGGAGGCAGGCGGAGACGCUGGACAAGCUGGACGCCCUCAUCCUGUGCGUCUCCGAGCUGAAGGAGGAGGUGAGGAGCCUGAAGGAGGCCAUCCCCAGGCUGCAGGAGCAGGUGAGGGAGGAGCUGCGCGGGAAGGCGGGGGGCCGGCGGGGGAGCCCCCUGCACAGAGCGGCCCGCAAGAAGAGAGCAGGCCCCGCCAGGGAGGAGGGCCAGAGCUCGGAGGAGGCGGAGAGCGAGGGAGGAUAUGUCACUGCUCACACCGACACGGAAGAGGAGCUGGAUGAGGAGCAUAAGGCUUGUAAAGUGAGGUGCCUGAUCAUAGAGGAUGCUGAGGAAGAGAAGGAUGAGUUCACAGUCCUCAUAAAGACGGCUGACUCUUUGCAUAGAGGUCCAGAGUCGGAGAAGAAGGAAGGAUUUAUGAUGCUGCUGGAGAGGAAGGAUGAGUAUGGUCAGAGAGCUCCAUUUCUCUGGCGCCUGGCUCGUGCGUAUGGGGAUGUGUAUGAUAUGACUUCAGACACCGAAGACAAGAAAAGCUAUGCAGAGGCAGGGAAGACAUAUGGAGAACAAGCUAUUGCUUCAGAUCCCAUGUGUCCUGAUAGCCAUCAAUGGUUUGCCAUUAUGUGUGGCUACUUGUCAGAGUACGAGAGUGUUCAGAACAAAAUCAAAAAUGGCUAUCUCUUCAAGGAUCAUCUUGAUAAAGCAAUUGAACUAAAACCUCAGGAUCCACUGUCUUAUUACCUGCUGGGAAGAUGGUGCUAUGCAGUCUCUCAACUAUCCUGGAUUGAGAGGAAGGUGGCUGCUACCCUUUUUGGAAACCCACCAACUGCAACAAUACAGGAUGCUCUGAAAUAUUUCCUCAAGGUAGAAGAAAUCCGCCCAAAGUAUUCCAAAUUUAAUUAUGUCUUCUUAGCAAAGUGUUACAGAGAUCUAGGUCAAAGAGCCCAUGCACUGCAGUGGUGUAAUGCAGCAUCGUCAAUGGAAGUAGUUUCUAAUGAGGACAAAGAAGCCCAGAAGGAACUGGAUUCCAUUAUAUCUUCUCUAGGUUUAUAAGCUCUUACCAAUUGCCUCUUCUUCUGCAGGGCAAAGUUAACACUGAUUUGGAGUUGGGGUGACAUGUACAGACUUUUGUGGAUUAGUCUCUUAGAUUAUGUUAGGAAAUUUCUUUUAUGGCUUAAUGGAACAUGCUCAACUAAUUUUAGGGCAAUCAAAGUACAUUUAGCAGCACUGAUUUAUCACUGAAUUUUGUUUAUACAAGAUUAUACUACAAUGCACCUGAAAAGUCAGUUUGAUAAAUUGUCACAGGUUUCUGUGUGGAUGGCAUUAAGCUCUUUAAAAAGAAAUGUGCUUCCUCAUUUGUAUUUCUCUGUGAUCCUUUGCCAAGACAAAGUGACUGUAAUUAUCUCAAACUGACAACAAAUGACAGACACCCUUGCACAACGGGUUAUGUGGUUUGAAGAAGACUGCUUGUAUAAUAUACUCAAAGGAAUGCUUAGAUCCUGCAGAGCACUCACCUCUGAGACCUCAUGCCCAAGAAACAUAGCACAGUUUCCUAAGAAGAUAGUGUCCUUGCACUGGAAAUAUCAUGUUCAGAUUUCUCUAUGUUGUUCCUAUAUCUCUAUUUUUUUAAAUAUCUGGUGGAAGUUUCUAACAAAACACAAGCAAGCAUCUUCAAUAAUUGUGGUCUCCAAAAUACCUUCAGUUAAUAGUAAGAAACAUUUUUAUAUUUUCUUCAUUUAUUCUUCAGCUUUUUUCCAGUCACAGGCAGAAAAUAAAUUGAUAUUGGGUUAAUGUCAUGAUUUUGUCUAUCAUGUAAUAUUUGUGCUCAAGUGAAAAUGUUUUAGAUGGAAAUUUUAUUUCAUUGGACAGAAUUUUAUUUUUCUUUUAAAAGUGAAUUUGAAGUUGGUAUUAGGAGAAUAUUGUCUCAUUUAUGUCUUAAAUACAAUCCCAUCUAAAUAUACAUACUGUAUCUUAAAUGAAGUAUUUUAGAUAAGCAAACCUCUAGACAGCAGUUAAAGUAUAGGUUAGUCUGCUUUCAUGGUUGGGUUUAGUUUCGCAAUACCAGAGGGUGAUUGCUGGGUUAUUCUGUAGACAAUCACUGACCAGCUGUUUACUUUCCAAUAUGUGAAUUAAAAGGCAGUAACAUUAUUCUCCAUUAAUAGGAAGAGUUCAAUAAAAUGUGUUAUGUAGAAAACGUCUCCUUAAGCAGUUAUAAAAUAAACUGCUUGGAAAGCACCCAGCUGGUUAGAUUUGAAUGUUUAAGCUCUUGAAUAGCUGUACCUGGCUAGGCUCUGAAGUUUGCAGUAAUCCCCACAGAUAUGAACCUUGCAAAACUAGAUGAAUGUCACUCCAGAUGGAAGAGAUUCUGAAAUCAAAACUAAGGUGUAAUGGAGAGAAAUGUUUCUUGUAAAAAAAAACCUUUCAGCGCCCAAGUUUGAUUUUACAGAGUGUCAAGGUAGAAGUAGCUCAUCUGGAUGUUUAACUGCGUUUUCACACCAAGCUUCCAACAGCAACUACAAAAUCAUACAACUUGCAAUAACAAGCAAGCAAAUCUUUUCACUACAUAUAUAUGGCACUAUCAGGGAGGGUUUUCUUUUUCCAAAACUAUGGUCAGUAAAUGACACAAAACUGUGAGCUUUUGUAUUUAACACUAGUUAUAUUACCAGUGUUUAAGGAUAUCUUGAAUAUUGAUACUUUGGCAUUUAAUUCUGGAGGCAUUAUUGUGUUGGAGACUUAGUGAUUCUAGAAGACGUAUUUCUCCUUUGUUAAUUGUGUUGGUUUGUUUCUGUGAAAACUUUAUACUACGUUAUAGAAUUAAAUAUGAAUUCAAAUAUGGGAACAUUGCAAUGAAUUAACAUAUUGAAUGUAUUCUUUUUAAAUGAUGUACAUAAAAAAUAUUUACAUUUUAUUAAAUAAUACAAUUUAAUAUAUAAA